GCGGCGCAGCAAGGAAGAGCGUGGUUGUGCAGCUAGUAUGCUUCGCAUAAAAAAUUGAGAAAAGAAAGACGGUGAGAAAGUAGCAUAAGCGGUUCCUUUCUCAUUGCCGAGCGCAAGCCGCUGCAGAAGUGACCGGCUCGAUCUUUCCGUGGAGUCGUCGAGGCACGCGCGAUGGAUGGAGCGCGCGGAGGAGGGGACAGGCACCGGCGCGUGCUGCCGUGUGAAUGCCCUCGCGCAUGAUGUUCAGGGACCAGUGAGCCACGUAAACGGAACCAGGCCGCGUCGAUAAGAGGGAGCGCCAACGAUGCUCCGGGGAGGUCAAGUUCGAGACGGAACCUGAAUGCUGCUGCUCAGGCCGGCCGCCACCGCGCCUCGGCCUGCAGAGCCGCGCGCGUGCGGCUGCGGGGCGACGGCAUCGCCGCGCGAGCGUCGAGGCGUCGCAUUCUUUUGUCGGGUCCCGGGGCGCGGAGGAUAUGUGCGAGUCGCUCCGCGUUUUCACCCUCCUGGCCCUGGUCGCCUCGACGACAGCCCUCAUCAGCAUUCCCUUACACCGAUUCAAGUCUGUGAGGCGAACUUUGGGCGAGGUAGACACUGAACUAACUGUGGCCCAGCCAAAAUACUACAGUGAAGAAGGUGGACAACUGCCAAUUCCAGAACCACUAUCAAACUACCUUGAUGCUCAAUAUUACGGACCAAUCAGCAUAGGAGUACCUCCGCAACCUUUCCGCGUGGUUUUUGACACUGGCUCAUCUAACCUGUGGGUUCCUUCGAGACGCUGCAAAUGGACCAACAUUGCCUGCCUGCUCCACAAGAAGUAUGACCAUGCAAAAUCAAGGACGUACCGUAAGAAUGGCACAGCCAUUUCAUUGCGCUAUGGCACAGGCAGCAUGACUGGCUUCCUGAGUGUUGACACAGUUUCACUUGCAGGGAUUGAUGUUCAGAACCAGACUUUUGCUGAAGCAGUCACUGAGCCAGGUUUGACUUUUGUGGCAGCCAAGUUUGAUGGUAUCUUAGGUCUGGGCUUUAAAAACAUUGCUGCAUCCGGUGCAAACACAGUGUUUGACAACAUGGUCUUGCAGGGCCUUUUACCACAACCUGUUUUUUCUUUCUUUCUAAAUCGAAACAACAAUUCUUCAAAUGGUGGUGAAAUUACAUUUGGCGGUGUGGACAAGCGCUUCUAUAAGGGCUCCAUUGAUUAUGUACCUCUCACAAAGAAAGGCUACUGGCAGUUUGCAAUGGAUGGGAUAUCUGUGGAAAACAGCUCGCUGAGAUUUUGUGUGAAUGGCUGUCAGGCUAUAGCAGACACCGGCACAUCACUAAUGGCUGGCCCCUCCUUAGAAGUCAUGAAGCUUCAGAAAAUUAUUGGUGCAUAUCCUUACUCGCAUGGUCAAUACACAGUGAAAUGUGAAGAUGUUCCUAAGCUUCCAGCCGUCAAGUUCCAGAUAGGAAAUCGUACAUACACUUUGACAGGGAAUGACUAUGUCUUAAAGAUUAGACAGUUUCGCCGCAGCCUGUGUCUUUCUGGGUUCGUCGGACUUGACAUACCACCGCCACAAGGACCUCUUUGGAUCUUUGGCGACGUCUUCAUAGGCCGCUACUAUACUGUCUUUGACUAUGGUGCUGCACGUGUUGGCUUUGCCGAAGCUGCUGAAGUUCACUGACCUGCUUUGCAGCUGCUUUCUUUGCUGUUUCGGUUCUUUCAGCCUUGCGAGUUUUCCUGCAGCACACUGUACGUGGGCAUUAAAUGCUGCUGCAGUGAUGUAAGCAGGCAUAUUAAAAUCUGCAUGUGUUAAUUUUUUUUGUUAUUGAGUGUGAAUGGUAACGGUAAAGCAAACAGAAUAUUAAGUCAAAUUUAA